AUGAGCGACCUCCAGAGAUCCUUCGUCAAAGCCAAAUUGGCCAAACUUCCACCCGAAGCCCCAAUGCCCGAUUCAAUGAAUGAGGAUGCAUGGGAAGAGGGUUCCUCUGCCUCUUCAGUCUCCUCUACGGGCACACUUGUCCCAUCACCGACACGGCAGCUCUUUGCCAGAACGGGCCCACGGCAAUCAUCCAAUGCAUCUCUGUCAUGGACAGAUUUUUUCGAGCAGGAGCUCUUCCUAUCCGAAGAAGUGGGAAAUCUUCACAUCAUCCACCAUGUAUAUCUCACCCCACCAACUGAGAAUGGUCCUCUCUUUGUGAUGCAUCAUGGAGCUGGCUCGUCGGGUCUCUCGUUUGCCACAUGCACAGAAGAGAUCCGGAAGAUCCUCCCAAAAGCAGGUGUCUUAUCGCUUGAUGCUCGGAGCCAUGGUCGCACCGUUAUGACCCCCAUAGACAGCAAAACAGACGACAAAGCCCCGUCUACUGCUACUGCUGCUCACAUUGAAGCCUCCGGUCAGGCUGAACUUGACCUUAGUCUCGAGACUCUGAGCCGAGACUUGGUCUAUGUGAUCCGCCAGACCCAGGCGAGGAUGAGCUGGGAGACACUUCCGGAUAUCGUACUUGUUGGGCACAGCCUCGGCGGCGCGGUGAUUACAGACGUCGCAAAGAAGGGGGAAUUGGGCCCGAAGCUGUUGGCAUAUGCUGUGUUGGAUGUUGUCGAAGGAUCAGCAAUGGACGCUCUCCAAAGUAUGGAAAUGUACCUCUCAACACGACCAGUCCGUUUCCCAUCAUUAUCGUCAGGGAUUGAAUGGCAUACUCGUUCCCGUACAAUCCGCAAUACUACGUCCGCCCGUGCCUCCGUUCCAUCACUUUUAUAUGAAGAAAGUGAGCCCACCGACACUGCCCGUCCCUGGUUAUGGCGCACAAAUCUUUCUGCAACGAAGCCCUUUUGGGAGAACUGGUUUGUUGGCUUAAGUCGAAAGUUCCUUGAUGCACGCGGUGGAAAACUAUUAUUGCUCGCUGGCACCGACCGGUUAGACAAAGAGUUGAUGAUUGGCCAGAUGCAAGGUAAAUAUCAACUGCAAGUAUUCCCCGAAGCUGGCCAUUUCGUACAUGAAGACCAGCCUGCGAAGACUGCACAGAUAUUGGCAGAUUUUUAUAGACGGAAUGAUCGGAGUGCAUUAGUACUUCCGCCGAAGGUCGCUGAUAUGCAGGCAUCAGCCGCGAUGAAGAAAGGGACAGGCGCUUCAGGUGGCGCGACAGGACACCUGAAAUAA